AUGGCGCCGACACACGUCCUCGAUGACUACUAUCUGGGCAUCACGGCCAUCAUCACGGUCGGCUUCCAGCUGGCGUGCUUCUUUGUCGCGUAUACCCUCCAGUUCGACAAGAUUACAGACCUCGCCGGCGGCCUCAACUUCACCAUCCUCGCCGUCCUCACCCUCUCCCUCAGCGGCGGCGGCUCGGACAGCCACCUGCACCCGCGCCAGCUCGUCGUCUCCCUCUUCAUGAUCGCCUGGUCGCUGCGCCUCGCCGGCUUCCUCUUCUUCCGCAUCCUCAAGACCGGCAAGGACGACCGCUUCGACGCCAUGCGCGGCCGCUUCCUCUCCUUCCUCGGCUUCUGGGUCUUCCAGAUGCUCUGGGUCUGGAUCGUCUCCCUGCCCGUCACCCUGCUCAACGCGCCCGCCGUCACACGCUACCCGCAGAAGGGCUUCGGCACCGGCCGCGACGUCGCUGGCGUCGUGCUCUUCGCCGUCGGGUUUAUUCUGGAGACCGGCAGCGACCUGCAAAAGUACCGCUUCCGCGCGCGCGCCGACCGCGCCGCCGUGUGCGACUCGGGCUUCUUCGCGCUGUCGCGGCACCCAAACUACUUUGGCGACAUAAUCAUCCAGUGGUCCUUAUUCAUGAUUGCCGUGUCCGCCGUCGCCGACGGCUACGUCCAGGGCCAGGCUUACAAGGCGCUGUACGCCAGCAUCCUCGGGCCGCUCUUCAUCACGUUCCUGCUGCUCUUCGUCUCGGGUAUGCCGCUCGCGGAGCGGCCCAAGGCCAAGGCGCGCUACGAGAAGGGCAACAACUGGGAGGCGUACCGGCGCUGGCUCGACCGCACGAGCCCGCUGAUCCCGUUCCCGCCGCAGCUGUACGCCCGCACGCCCGUGUGGCUCAAGCGCACCGUGUUCCUGGAGCUGCCGCUGUACGUGUUCGACCCGGCGAAGCACUCGGACGUGGCGACGCCGGGCGGUGGCCGGGACGCCGAGGGCGAGAAUGGGGGCGACAGAAACGAGGGACGGGAAAGUGCUGAUCAGCGACUCGUUUAA